UUGUUCCCUUGCAUGACCUCACACAUCUCCCUCACAGGAAGGAUGUGAUGCCUUCUCACACGCCCCCAAACACACAUACAGAGAUUUACUUAAACAGGUAAACAGGUAGCCAUCAUUAAAGCAUUUCUUUAAAAUAAAAAGUCAACAAACUCCAACGGUUUGAAUGCUGGUUUGGCCUUGCACACGAUGACAUCAUUUAGGCCUCUCACACAGAGUCAUACCCUGCAGGUUCCUCAGUUAUACAGGCAUCGUAAAGACAAUGCAAGGAAAUGGGAAGCCCCCAGAACAGAGUUGGACUUCCAGAAGUUUUCCUGAGCAUCGAUGUGAAUCCUAAGCAGCUGCAGCACAAAAUUGAGUCACGUUCCAGGUCCGUUAAAAGGUGAAAAACAAGGUGGAUUCGGAGUAAUGGCUGAAGAAAUACAGCUGAGAGAAAAGAGGAGUCUUCGCUCAGACGGGUGUGGUCUGCACAACUUUGAUGCUCUGGAUCUGUCUGGAGGUUUGAGGAUUGUCCUUGUUGGAAAGACCGGAUCAGGGAAAAGUGCCACAGGAAACACCCUUCUCGGCAGAGCUGCCUUUAAGGAGGACCCCAGCCCACUUUCCGUGACCAAACACUGUCAGACUCAGACUGGGGAGGUUGAUGGGACUGUGAUCCAUGUGGUUGACACCCCGGGGCUGUUUGACACGGGGAUUACAGAGGAAGACCUGAAGAGCAGAAUAGAGGAGUGUGUGAAGAUGUCUUUGCCUGGCCCUCACGCCUUCCUUCUAGUGAUCAGGCUGGGGGUCAGGUUCACAGAGGAGGAAAGAAAUGCGGUCAAAUGGAUCCAGGAAAACUUUGGCGACGACGCCUCAAUGUACACCAUCAUGCUGUUUACGUGCAAGGACCAGGGCAAAGCUGACAAUGCCUUAAAGGAGUGCAAGGAGCUGCGCAGGCUCUCCAUCACCUUCGGGCGCCGAUAUCAUUCCUUCAACAACAACGAUGCAGACGAUCGCUUGCAGGUCACCGAGCUGAUCCACAUGAUCAAGGAGAUGGUGCAGGACAAUGGUGGGAAGCACUACACCAAUGAAAUGUAUGAGAAAGCUCAGAAAAAGCUGAGGGAAGAGGAGGAGCGGAGGAGGCAAGAGGAGGAGGCCCAGAGACUGGAAGAGAGGAAAAUGUGGGAUGCAGAGCGAGAGAAACAGCAGGAACAGAGAGAAAAGAAGAAGAAGGUCAAAAGGAAGAACGUUCGAGUGGCAGCGGCUGCUGCAGUGGUGCUGGUGUUUGCCGGGGUGGUGAUUGCAGUGGGCGCUGACACCACCGUGGCUCUGGCUUUAGGAGCUCCCGCUCUGCUUCUAGGUGUCCUUUGUGGCUUAGCUGCCAUUUCCAUGUGGAAAGGUCUGAAUUGCAAAGCUAAAAGGAAUGUGGCUGUGUGAUAGUGAACAAUGAUCCCGCAUGACAGCAGACUAUGAAGUAAACAUACUGUUUAAAAUACAAA